AAGAUGGGCAGGUCGGCGAGUGUUCCGUUGUUUUUCAUUUUGGUUACAGGAUUUACAUCUCUUAAAGUUUCAGCUAGCGCUUUAAAUGGGUCUGUUCAUCUGAACCCCCGGAUGGAUACGACCAUCGUAGGAGGAAAUGGCAUCCUGGUAGGUGUGUUUGCUUCUAUAACCGCCUCAGAUGAACUAACCGAUAUCAACCUUAAUCUGGCUUGCUCAAAUGCAAAGGUGAAUUCGACAAUGGAUGUUCUGGCAAAUUUCUCAUCGACAACGGAGCUAACCAUCUAUCAGGUCGAUGAUGAUAACAUCAGUGCAACCUUUGCGUCGACGUCACUAUCGCUUGGCGACGUUUUGAGCUUUUCAUGGACGACACAGUGGUAUAUCCCCGACUUAGUCCCACCGGCGGCGGUAAUAGCAUGUGAUCUUCAAACUUCAUUCCAGAACUCAUCUUCGAUGCACCAGUCAGAAAUUUUGUACAGCAACUCUCUUUUUGUGAUGGGGCCCAAAAUAAAUCUAACCGAUGUUGCCGGGAACAUGUAUGAUGGAAACAAUCCUAAUUCCGUCGACAUCGGAGAAGAGAUCCCAAUUCAACUCACGGCCAUGGUUUCUCAACAAAGUGAAUUUUAUCUAAAUAUCGACAUGGAGCCAUCCAAUGAAAGUAUCGAUAUCAUCGGGAUCGUUGACGCAUCGAUCACUAAUUCCUCCUCGCGUAUCGUCUGUGGAGCAAUGCUGACUGGUCAGAAGUGCCGCCAAAAGAAACAGGAGCUAUACCCGAAGGGACUCAGUCUCGGGUUCUACGAUGACGGUGUGAGCAUAGAUGGCGAUCGCACAGGGUCCGAUGAUCUCGUGCUACUAGCCAAGGUACGAUUCGGCGACGACGAUGUCAUCGAUGGAGAAACAGCUCAGCUUGGGGUAUCCAUGACAACGGUCCGGUCUCAUAUCUGGACCUCCGUGGUUACUUUUAAUAUCAGCGACGCUGGAGGCCAACGUUCGGCAGUCAUGGAAGUGAAUCCAAGGAUGCUCACGCACAACCUGUACAAUGGGUAUGAAGCAACGCUGCAAAUUGAGCUCGAACAUAGCUCGUCAUCACGCUCUUCGGGCAGGCAGGUAGAACUCCACCUGAUGCUGUCCCCACAUGCAACCUACCAAGGUGUCUCAGAUCUCAGUUUGUUAACAGACCCUCCGAUCAUCAAUGACUCUUUCGUCAUAUUCAAGAUUGGAGCUGUAGAAAUCCUCUCACGCGUUCAAUUAUUGGUCAAUCUAACCGUGAAUCAUGCCAAAAUGAAAGCAGGAGUAUCCCAGAUGGUGAUUCUUACUCAGGCAAUCUACCUGAAUGACACAGGGUCAACGAUUAUUACUCAAACACCUAUGGUAGAUGUACAGUUUCAAUACGCAGAUAAACCGGCUCAUUGUAAUCAUCCCUGGCAGUCUUUCGAGUCUUCCUGUUACCAUGCCAACGCAUCGGUCCUUGUUGAUGCCACUGUUGCCACGCAGUUAUGUGAGGAGGAGGGCGGAAGUCUUGCAGCCAUCGAUACCAUAUUCGAAGAACGGUUCUUAAUCGAUAUAUCGCCAAAGGAUUUCAGUCCAUUUCGAUUUUGGAUACAUGAAAACUCCACGCACCUAAAUUGGUUACCAGGGCAACCAGAUGUUACUACUGAAUGUAAAACCUUGGUGGUCGCAGGGUAUCGGAUAGAUGGGACUGAGAGUGGAGGAAUAGAAUCAACCUGUUGCACGGAUCUGAGAUAUUUCAUUUGCGAAACCCCAAUUGACCCGCCGGUCGAAAGAAAGGAUCAAUUCCACGGCGUUCCUAGGGCUGGUCAAGCUUUGACGGAGAGCUGGACGUGUCCUUGUAACUACCAUUCGGCGGAUGCUAAUUACUGUUCGUGUUGUAGGGCGGGAAGUUUUAUUUGCAAUGCACCGGGAAGUCACGUCUGCGCUCAUGAUGCUUCACAAUGCCCCUUGGAAGAAUACUACGAUCGGAGCAUAUUAUCAGAUGAUACUGGUCUUCUCAUAGCCUGUAACAACGUUGAUAAAAGCUUAUCUAAUCCCACCUGUGUGUUCUUCCUCCCGUUGCCAAGCGUAUGGAAAGCUCUACCGUUGUUCAUCGGCGAUGUCGUUGCGUACCACAGCGUCGACGAAACCCUUUACGCCAUCGGACGUGACUCGAAGACCUAUCUUCGAGGAAAGCUCGACAGUGUCUCGUCAUUGAUUACUGAUUGGUCUGUUAUCUCAACCGAACGCUUGAUGACCGCCAUCAGCAAUGGCGGGUUGACAGUACACGACCUUGUUACAUCGCUGGAUUAUACAAAUGGAGAUCUUUUGGCAUGGACCUGUUGCGGCUAGCAGAUAAAUUCACAUGUGAAAAUCUGAUCUCUUUACUAGUGGACUAUAUGGGCUAUCCUUAUUUCAGUUUGCGUCCGUCUUUUUUUUUUUAUAGUAAUAGUAAUCCGCUUUUUAUAUAGCGCUUCGUUACAUCGGAACGACGUGUCUAAGCGCUUUACAGAUAUACUAUUACCCCGGUCAUCGGAUUCAAUCAGUCAUUCCCGCACACAAUUUGUGCACAUCAUCCACUCCCUGGGGAGUAUUCCAGUCAGUCGCCGGUGUGGCGCACACAGUACUGGACAAGCUACAAUGACUUUCACAUCCUACCGGGUACCCAUUUAGCACCUGGGUCGAGAGUGGCAAACUGUGGAUUAACGCCUUGCCAAAGGACGCCAGACCGUGGUGGGAUUAUAAGUUCUAAUGCAUGAUUGUCACAUCUGAUGAAACUAUAAUUUGAUGUACAGGAUCAAGAUUAGACAUGUAUCAUCUGCAAUACAAAGUAUAACGCUCUUUCUGUUGAACACAGCAAAGUAUAGGAUAUUUUGCUACAUUUAGAGCAUAACGGCUUAUAGUAGGCCUGAUUAUAGUUACGGACAUGCAUGCACUAUACAAGUUGAUAUAAAUUAGCUUCAAUUAAUUCAAUUUAAAAAAAUGAGCGUGAUAAUUCUGUAUAAACUAUAAUGUGCUGAAUAAAUGUUGACUUUCUUACUUAGACUAGUAUUUUGGCGUUUCAAAAAAGAUGCGUAUAUCGGCCAUUUUUUUUUAUUUCAAGGAGUAUGGGCAGUGCUACAUGCAUGACAGGGACACAGGAGGGCGACAUUUUUCUAUGAUUUUUUUUUAUUAUUUAAAUCAAAACAAACCAAAAAUAUAUAGACUUAUAAAGAUAGAGAGACAAAAAGACACCCAAAAUGGAUUGAUCAAGGAAGGAAGGAGAAGAGAUACGUCACAUAUGCCGGUGACUUCACCUUUUCUGUGCUAUAGAUGGUAUAUCUCUGUAGUGG